UGUCAUUAAUGUUAAUUGUCUUUUGAUGUAUCCUUACAUUUACAAUAUAUAUAUAUAUACACAGACACUGCACAUAUUUUUCAUUCACAACUGACUUCCAAGUGCUUAAGCUUUCAACUUCCUCUAUUCUGUGAAAGUGAUUGAAUAAGCUGUACGUCAUGGAUUCAGUUCUUGAUGAUGCAAAGGAGGUGGGAAUAAAUGAAAUUAUAUCUGAUCAUGAGGAAGAGAGAAGUGAAGUGGUGUCGGAUCAUCAAGAGGAAGAGACAAAUGAAGUUGUGGCCGAUCAUCAUGGGAAAAAGACAAAUGAAAUUGUGUCCGAGAAAGUGGAAAAAGAACCUGUGUUCGAAGAGACAACAAAUGAAAUUGCGUCUGUGGGAGUGGAAAAGAAGACAGUGUCGGAGGAGAUGACAAAUGAAAAUCUGCCUGUGAAGAGAAAUCCUAGAGUUGUUUUUGUUCUAGGUGGUCCUGGUGGUGGAAAGAGCACACAGUGUGCUAAUCUUGCAAAACAAAUAGGCUACACUCAUCUAAGCAGUGGUGAUUUACUUCGCAAAGCCAUGAAAUUAGAUGCUGAAAAUGGUUACCCUUUGGUUUCCAGACCAAUGAUCGAGAGCAUCAUAAAGGAGGGAAAGAGUGUUCCUUCAGAUGUAACAAUGAGAAUACUGCAGAAGGCAAUAGACGAAAGUGGGAAUGACAAGUUUUUGCUUGAUGGUUUUCCUCGUGAUGAGGAAAUCCGUUCUGCAUUCGAAACUGCUACAAAUAUAGAGCCAGAACUAGUUCUGUUCUUUGAUUGCUCUGCAGAAGAAAGAGAGAAAAGAAUCCUCAGCAGGAAUGAAGGAAGGGUGGAUGACAACCCUGACUCACUGAGGAAGAGGUUCAAGUAUUUUGAAGAGCAUACACUUCCUGUGGUUGAUUACUACCGCUCUAAAGGAAUAGUUUCUGAGGUUGAUGCUGCCAAGCCAACGGAAGAGGUUUUUGAGAAGCUGAAGAGCAUUUUGAACCCUGCUUCAGAAAUGCAACCUGAAGAGGGAAAGUUGGAAGCUACUUGUGAAUUGGAAAAGGAAAUCAUGAAUAUUAAAAUAUGAAUAUCUUGUAAAUGUUAUAUAUUAUUUGAGUAUUGAGUACUGAA